UCCCGGCCGACCCCCUCCGCGCUCCGGCCACAGGUUCAACGGCCGAAGCCAUGGAUAACAAGGGCUUUCGCCGAGGGAGUUUCAACAGUUUCCAGAGCAGCACCAGCGAUGAAGACCUGGUGGAAAUAUCCGGGGCAACUCUGGACUUCUCCAUCACAGAUGACGUCCCUCCCCUGGACAGAGAGAUGGGAGAGUUCACAACGUACAAUGGAGGAGGGAUAAAUGGCACGAGUAAGAUGAUGAUGGAUUUUUUCGAGGAGCCUAUCCCCGGCGUGGGAACCUACGAAGAUUUCAAUACCAUCGACUGGGUGAGGGAGAAAUCCAGAGACCGAGACCGGCACAGAGAGAUUACAAGUAAAAGCAAAGAGUCGACGUGGGCCUUGCUCCACAGCGUGAGCGAUGCCUUUUCCGGCUGGCUGCUGAUGCUGCUUAUUGGGCUGCUAGCAGGUUCCCUAGCCGGGCUGAUAGACAUCUCGGCCCACUGGAUGACAGACUUGAAAGAGGGCGUGUGCCUCGGAGGCUUCUGGUUUAACCACGAGCAAUGCUGCUGGAACUCCGAGCACGUCACCUUCGAAGACAGGGACAAGUGCCCCGAGUGGGAGACCUGGUCACAGCUAAUCAUAAGCAAGUCCGAGGGAGCGUUCGCAUACAUUCUCAACUACUUUAUGUACGUCCUUUGGGCUCUGCUCUUCUCACUCCUGGCCGUGUCCCUAGUCAGGGGAUUUGCACCUUAUGCCUGUGGUUCUGGAAUCCCUGAGAUAAAAACGAUAUUGAGCGGUUUCAUCAUUAGGGGCUAUUUGGGCAAGUGGACCUUGAUCAUCAAAACCAUCACGCUGGUGCUGGCCGUAUCGUCGGGCUUGAGUCUGGGCAAAGAAGGGCCCCUUGUGCACGUGGCCUGCUGCUGUGGAAAUAUCCUGUGCCAUCUCUUCACCAAAUACAGGAAAAAUGAGGCCAAGCGCAGAGAGGUUUUGUCUGCGGCAGCAGCAGCUGGCGUUUCCGUAGCCUUCGGGGCGCCGAUUGGAGGGGUGCUUUUCAGCUUGGAAGAGGUCAGCUAUUAUUUCCCCCUGAAGACGCUGUGGCGAUCGUUCUUUGCCGCUCUGGUGGCGGCAUUCACCCUGCGCUCCAUCAACCCCUUCGGCAACAGCCGCCUGGUCCUGUUCUACGUGGAAUUCCACACCCCGUGGCACCUCCUGGAGCUGAUCCCCUUCAUCCUCCUGGGGAUCUUCGGCGGGCUGUGGGGGGCCUUCUUCAUCCGGGGGAACAUCGCCUGGUGCCGGAAACGGAAGACCACCCGGCUGGGCAGGUACCCGGUGCUGGAGGUGCUCGUGGUGACGGCCAUCACCGCCGUCCUCGCCUUCCCCAAUGACUACACGCGCAUGAGUACCAGCGAGCUCAUCUCCGAGCUGUUCAAUGACUGCGGGCUCCUGGACUCCUCCAAGCUCUGCGACUACGUGAGCAACUUCAACACCACCAAGGGGGACGCCCUGCCGGACAGAGCCGCGGGGGCGGGGGUCUACCGAGCCAUGUGGCAGCUCGCCUUGGCCCUCAUCCUCAAAGUCUUCAUCACCAUCUUCACGUUCGGGAUGAAGGUCCCCUCCGGCCUCUUCAUCCCCAGCAUGGCCGUGGGAGCCAUCGCGGGCCGCCUGCUAGGCGUGGGAAUGGAGCAGCUGGCCUUCUAUCACCACGACUGGCCCAUCUUCAGCAGCUGGUGCAGCCCGGGGGCCGACUGCAUCACCCCCGGCCUCUACGCCAUGGUCGGGGCGGCGGCCUGCUUGGGCGGAGUGACGCGGAUGACGGUAUCCCUGGUGGUCAUCAUGUUCGAACUGACCGGCGGAUUGGAGUACAUCGUCCCGCUGAUGGCCGCGGCCAUGACCAGCAAGUGGGUGGCCGACGCGAUCGGCAGGGAGGGCAUCUACGACGCCCACAUCCGCCUCAACGGCUACCCGUUCCUGGAGGCCAAGGAGGAGUUCACCCACAAGACGCUGGCCAUGGACGUGAUGAGGCCGCGGCGAAACGACCCCGCGCUGACCGUCCUCACCCAGGACAGCCUGACGGUGGAGGACGUCGAGGCGAUCAUCAGCGACACCUCUUACAGCGGCUACCCCGUGGUGGUGUCUCGGGAGUCCCAGAGGCUCGUGGGCUUCGUCCUCCGCAGGGACCUCAUCAUUUCCGUCGAAAACGCCCGGAAGAAGCAGGAUGGGAUUGUGAGCAUGUCCGUUAUUUAUUUCACCGACCAUUCUCCUCCACUGCCACCCAACUCUCCUCCCACCCUGAAGCUUCGCAACAUCCUGGACCUCAGUCCCUUCACAGUCACCGACCAAACGCCCAUGGAGAUCGUCGUGGAUAUAUUCCGAAAGUUGGGUUUGCGUCAGUGUCUGGUCACCCACAAUGGGCGGCUACUUGGAAUCAUUACCAAAAAGGACGUUUUAAAGCACAUCGCACAGAUGGCAAACCAAGAUCCCGGCUCCAUCCUCUUCAACUGAAACCCGGCUUCGGGCCAAGGACGAAAUCGCAAAGGACCUUUGAGGACAGGGACGUUGCUUUUUUUUUAAAAUCCAAGAAGCCGGAUCGGUGACUUUAGCGUUUCCCGCUUGGGGGACGGAGAAGAUAAUCGUGUUUUGUUUGUGUUUUUCCUACGAGAUAACCCAUUGCACUACAUAAUCUGUGGAAAUUAAUCUUCUCUUUAGAAGAAAAGACUAUUUUGCUCUUGUGAAGUUGCAUUGGAAAGAGUCCAUGAAGGAGUAAAGGAAAUGGCAACAGAGUAAAUCUGUUCCCCUUUUUUUAAAAAAAAA